AUGGCGAAGACGUACGAUUAUCUGUUCAAGCUGCUGCUGAUCGGCGACUCGGGGGUGGGCAAGACCUGCCUCCUGUUCCGAUUCUCAGAGGACGCCUUCAACACCACCUUCAUCUCAACCAUCGGAAUUGAUUUUAAAAUCAGAACAAUAGAACUGGAUGGAAAGAAAAUUAAGCUUCAGAUAUGGGACACAGCAGGUCAAGAAAGAUUCCGAACGAUCACAACAGCAUACUAUAGAGGAGCCAUGGGAAUUAUGCUGGUCUAUGACAUCACAAAUGAAAAAUCCUUUGACAAUAUUAAAAACUGGAUAAGAAACAUCGAAGAGCACGCCUCUUCAGAUGUCGAGAGAAUGAUCCUGGGUAACAAAUGUGAUAUGAAUGACAAAAGACAAGUGUCAAAAGAAAGAGGGGAGAAGCUAGCAAUUGACUAUGGAAUUAAAUUCUUGGAGACAAGUGCAAAAUCCAGUACAAAUGUAGAGGAGGCAUUUUUUACACUUGCACGAGAUAUAAUGACAAAACUCAACAGAAAAAUGAACGACAGCAAUUCAGCAGGAGCAGGUGGACCAGUGAAAAUAACAGAAAACCGAUCAAAGAAGACCAGUUUCUUCCGUUGUUCAUUACUUUGAUGAACUCUUUCUGAGAGACUGCAGCACACCUAGAGGGCCCUUUCCUGCUUCUCUGAAAGCACAGGUCACCCAGCCUCAGAAUCACACCGCCGGCUGCUGCUGAGAGCACCACCCAACAUAGACCUCUCAACACAGAAUGCCACGUGGAUUCCAGCCUCAUGGAACAGGCUCCUUUUUUCAAACAUGGAAGCAAACAAAGUGGAGACACUUGCAGGACCUAACUUGUUUUUUCUUUGUUUUAUUGCCUUUUGCAGAAGCUGCUAUCUUUCUUUUUCACUUUGCACAUCAGUGUUAGCCUUCCCUAUUACAGCACAAUCUUUAGACAUAUAUUUGCACACUUUUGUGUCAUGAAAUUCUAGACAAAUUUGUACAUUUGGGGAUGUUUAAAAGACAGCAGAACAUUUAGAGCAGAGAUUAAUAAACUAAAAUUAAAAGAUAUUUGGUUUGGUUCAUAUGGCCAAAUGUUACUGCAUUGGAAGCAUUUAUUUAAAUGCUUUGAUUUGUGGUUUUCUUAAAUAAGAAUCAUUAAAUUCAUUUUAAAAUUUUAUGAAAAUGCCCAUCUAUUCAUCAGAGGCCACAAUGUCUUUAUUUCUUCAGAUUGUUAAGAGUUUUGCCUCAUCCUGACCUUUUUGUGAGAGAGUCUGGGUGGCUGAAUGAAUCACAUUAUAAAUUGAUUACCUCUGCCUAAUCUAUAGAAGCUGUAUUUGGAAAUCACCAUAAUCUCACUUUUCCUGGGGUUUGUAUUUGCUAUUCUUUCUCUCGUUUGACUUAUUGUAAUUAUUCACUUAUCUAAAACUAAUAACAUAUUCGAGUGUUGUUGUAUUUCUAUUUGUGAACUUCUUCAGCUGAAAUUUUACAUAGGCAGAAAGAUGUACCAUUUAGGACUUUAUUUCACCAUAUAACUGGGGUUCUGUCACAUAAUGGUAUGUAAUGUAUUUUUUCUAAGGUUCACCCCUUAGCUUUCUGGUUUAGUUGCAAUACCCAAUUCUUACCAUAAUCCCUGUCUGCAAAAGUUAACAAAAGUUAGAUUUAGAUUUUAGCUUGCAGAAAGCUUACUGAUAGGGAAAUUAACUUGUCGAUAUAAAUUUAAUAGAGAUAGCUCUUGGUACUGGUGAAAAUAAUGAUUUUUGGUUCUGUUUUUAUUUGAAUGAGUAUUUUUUUAAUGAAAGUAAUUAGACCUAGUGCAGCCUCUAGGAAAAGUCUCACCUUUUCAUUAGAGAAAAUAUGAUCAAGGUUUCAGUUUUAUAACACCUGUUGUUGAGUAAGUAGAACCAAGUUCCAUCAGUUUAGAUUCAUUGUUAUAGAACUUAGUCUAGUCAUUUGGGCCAAAGCCCACCGAAUGCUUAGUUGCCUUUCUCAUCAAACAUUGGUACUGGUAUACCUUUUGUAGAUGAAACCAUCACAUAAGAAAAAAAGGUAUUUAGUGUUAACUUAUGUGCCAAAUUCAGAUCACUAUGUCAUUGCUGUUAUUCUAGCCUUCAGUGCCAUAACACAGAAGGCAGUAAUACAGAGGUGAUUAGGGAAAUGAAUUCUGUUAAUUAUUCUUCCUGUUAAUGCCUAACUUGCUUCACAAAGGCUACUGUCAUGCUUGAUAGUUAAGAACUGGAGAUGGAUGUCUAAAUGGAUUGCUUGUUACCUACCACAGAGAAUUCUGCUUCACAUUAAGAUAUGUCCUUAGAAUGCUUGGACCAGUCAACCUUUACUACUUGUUUGAAAACUUAGGAACAGUUUAGCAGCUGCAAAUAUACCAGAGCUAUUUUUGAUGGAUACAUCAAACUUACUGUUGACAAAUUUUAGCCUCCUUAAUAAUUUUUAUAGUUACCUAUAGGCUUAAAAGUCAGCCAUUGCUGUCCCAGUAUAAUCAGUAGUUCCGUGAUUGAAACUUGAUUGUAAUCUGCUGUCUUCAAGUUAAAUACAUUCUCAAAAAGAAAAAAUAAUUUCGUAGAAACAUCUCAUUUUCACUAAUUUUCUGAAAAAAUUCCAAGCAGUUAAGCUUUCUGGAUGGUAACAAAGUACUUUCUAAAAGGCAAGUGCUAUGACACCAUGUAUGAAUGUAAUUCUCUUAGUAAUUUACCUCUGACUAUUUGGUGUCUUAACACUUUGGUUUAUAUCUCAGGGGUUGUCUGCAAACCAAAACUGACAUAUUCUGUGGUUAGCUUUUUACAUUUUUUUUUAACAGAAUGCUUUGCUUUUGUUCAGUUUCCUCUCUUCUUUUGUCUUAUAUGGGUUAACAACUGGUCUCCAUGAACUUCCCUUUGAAAGAGCCUGCAAAAAAUUUAGAUGAGUCUGAAAGUGCUCUUUGAAGUAGCAGCAAAUUGGGAGUAUAUGCUCUGUUGUAUAAAAAUAAAUUGUCCUUGCUAUUUUCUUACAUUUAGCUUUGCUAAAUUGUAUAUAAAUUGAGCUAAGACCAUAGGAAAUCCACUUUCUGCAUGGUAAAAUGACCCAAUAAAUAUUCCACUUUGCUUAA